AUGUCGGGUUUGCGCAUUAAUGUAGCUAAAUCUACCCUCUUCGCCUCCGGUAGUAAUCUGAGCCCUCUUCUAGAUGCAGCAGUGGCUCUUCGUAUUGGAGUAGGAACGUUACCUAUCUGUUACUUGGGUAUGCCAUUGACUGCAAAAUCCCUUACUAGCCAUGACUACGAACCAUUGAUAGACAAGAUCAGAGGGAGGAUGCUGUGCUGGUCUAACAGAGCUCUCUCGUUUGCAGGAAGGAUCGCCUACAAAAAAUCACAAGGCAAAGGUGAGCUGGGAGGAUCUUUGCUUCCCAAAGGAAGAGGGUUGAUUAGGGAUCCGAAAGCUUCGGGAUUCAGCCAAGGCAUUUACUAUGAAGCUCAUACGGCGAAUUUUCACACAAUCAUCUUCUCUUUGGGAGCAACUGGCACCACUUAUCUUGGGGUUCAGCGACAUGCUAGAGUAUGUGAUGCAGUAAAUUUGGAAGGUUGGACUAUUAGAGGGCAGAGAUGUCGACGGUUUCAGGAGCUGUAUCGCAACAUCUUGGCGAUUACACCUUCCAAACCUGAGAAUGGUGCUGAUAUAGUACUAUGGAAGCAUGCGGAUGAAGACUAUCUACCUACAUUCUCAGCAUCAAAAACUUGGGAUCAAGUGCGGGUUAAAGGGAUAAAGUUGAGUGGAGCAGAGUGGUUUGGCUACCUCAAGGAGUUCCAAGUUUGGGAAGUUCUUGCGUGCCGGCUUGUUGGAAAUGAAAUUAAUCCAGAUUGGCAGUGGACCAUCACACGGCUGCAGCGUAUGAGAGAUAAGGAGUUGGAUACUAUCCUUGCACGGCUGCUGUUUCAGAGCAUGGUUUACCAUGUGUGGAGAGAGAGGAAUGUUAGACGCCAUCAGCAGCCUGCGAUGAGCACUGAUCAGAUGAGAAGAAGGAUUGACAAAGUCAUGAGAAAUAGGAUUGUCUCCCUUCGAUAA